GCUCACCUGUGUGCGUGUGGCCCCGCCUGUGACAGGACGGGGUCAUUUCAGGAGGAACUUCCUGUUAGCUGGUGAGGAGAAAUCGGAGUUCUGUGGCCGCCAGAGGAUCAGCUCGCGCGCCCUGUAGAGAAGCCAGCAGCCUGGAGUCUCCGGGAGAGGAACCUUCCUGGCAGCCCGAGCCUCCGCGGAGUUAAAAAUUAAAGGACAGGCCUGCUCGGAGGAGUCGGGUGAGGAAGAACAUGCGGAGAUGGAGGGCGGCUGGAGAGAGGUGCUGGCCAUGCUGCUGGUCCUGGCUGGGCUCGCAGCUCCUGGAUCCGGUUAUCAGAUCAUAGAAGGUCCCCACAACGCCACCGUCCUGCAGGGCUCCGAGGCUCGCUUUAACUGCACCGUGUCCCCCGGCUGGAAGCUCAUCAUGUGGGCCCUCCAGGGCACGGUGGUCCUGAGCGUCACCCCCAGGGAGCCCAUCAUCACCAGCGACCGCUUCACCUCCCAGAGUUACGAGGACGCGGGCGGGAACUUCAUCUCCGAGAUGAUCAUCCACGACGCGCAGCCCGGCGACUCGGGGUGGGUCAGAUGCAGCCUCCAGAACAGUGACCGGGAAGGACUGGCUUUCCUUGCUGUCCAAGUCAUGGGAGCGCUGUACAUUCCCAAUGACAGCAUUGUAGUCACUGAGGACGAGCCUUGUACUGUCACUUGCCGCGCCCUGGGCUGGAGCCCACUCCCGAAUAUUUCCUGGGAGGUCGCCGUCCCCGUAAGCCAGUCGAGCUAUUACUCCUUCCUGGAGCCGGGCGAGCCCCGCAGCACGGUGAGCGUCCUGGCUCUCACGCCGCAGGGCAACGGCACCCUGACUUGUGUGGCCAACCUGAGGAGUGUGCAGGCCCACAAGGCCGUGGCUGUCAACCUCACGGUGGUCCCGUCUCCAUCUGACAGCAUGGAAAAGUCAGGUGCAUCAUUGCCCACCUGGGCCAUUGCUCUGCUAGCAGUGUUAUGCGCGUCCGUGUUUAUCCUGAUAGUUGUUCUGAUCAUCGUUUUCUGCUGCUGUUGUUCCUCUCGGAGAAAGAAAAAAGAGUCUGUUUACCAAAUUAAAAUAAGGAAUUCUGAAAAGGACAACACAAAGAAAGGAACUUCUGAGACAAAGUUAAAAAAUGAAAAUGAAAACUAUGCAUUCAGUUCAGAUGAACCAAGGACCACCCGUGAGUAGCUGGUGGGGCAGGAGAGAGGCAGCCAGGAGACGGUGCUGACGCAGGGCUGGCCGGCCGGACGCCGCUCCUGGGGAGCACAGCAGCCACAGCAGUAGCGAGUUCUUGGAUAAUGUUUAGAAGGAGAAAGUCUAU